CCCGGCCGACGUACCGCAUUCCGCGUUCAACGCUCAGCGCUAACGCACACUUCCACUCGCUACACACAAAUGUCCAACAUGUCUUACGAGAUCGCGUAUUCGCUCGCAGACGACGGCCCGCAGCCAGUCUCGCGUACUUAUCAAUAUCGCAAAGUGAUGAAACCGAUGCUUGAGCGCAAAAGGCGCGCUCGCAUCAACCGCUGCCUCGACGAACUCAAGGAGUUGAUGGUCAGCGCUCUUCAGUCAGAAGGAGAAAAUGUUGCAAAAUUGGAGAAAGCCGAUAUUUUGGAAUUGACCGUUCGCCACCUUCACAAGCUCCGCCGUCAGCGCCGCCUGUCACUGAACCCAACUGUGGAUGCUGACCGCUUCCGUGCUGGAUUUACUCAUGCUGCCAAUGAAGUGUCUCGCUGCUUGGCCUCCAUUCCUGGUGUGGACGUGAGGCUAGGCACCCAGCUGAUGACCCACCUGGGACACAGACUCAACGACAUGCAGCGCGCUGCGGCGUCCGCCGACACUCCUCCGGCCAGCCCGCCCAGCCCUGCGCUGUCCACCGCCUCGUCCACCUCGGGCUACGUGAGCCCCUCGCCGCCUGCGUCUCCCGUGCACAUGCACACGACUCCACUGGACUGCACCACCAGCUCGUUCGCCAAGAGCCCGGCCGUGUGGCGACCAUGGUAAACAGAGUGCCCGGAGCUGCGGACCCGGCUCCGCGGUCACAUCUGUUCCAGCACCGUCGGAGUCGCACGCGCCCCUUGUGUCCGCUGACGUCCAUAAGUUUAGUGAAUCGUGUGGAGGAUAUAUCAAGAUAAUUUAGAUCUCACAAUCAGUUAGAAUAAGUUUAAAUCGUAGAUCGUAAGUCCAAACUUGAAAGCUUUAAUAAAAAUUAGGUUGUAAGUGUAUUUGUGAUAUUAAAGAGUAAAUAUUAUUGUAUAAGAAAUGUUGUGUCGAACAUGAUCCAGUUCGUAUUGUUAUAUUUUUUAUCGUUGCAAAGAAUUCACAGAAUUGUGAAAAAAUACAAAAGAGUAAGUUAAUAAAAAAAUAUUAUCUACCUUA